AUGGAUAGUGACUCGGAUUACGAAGAAGAGUUUGAAAUUACUGAAGAUAAAAUACAAUCAAUGCUUAAAUUUUGUGCUAAUGGAUCCAGUAGUUCAAUUAAAAAAUUGUUGAAACUAUAUCACAACGCCAUUAAGUGCAGAUGCUCGAAGAAGGACGAAAAUAGGAACAAAUUUUUUAUAGAGGAAUCUGUUUACUUAGAUUUGAUUGCUAAGUCACAGGAAUAUGCAUCGAUACUGUUUAACCAAACCGGACCUGUGGUUGAUGAGGGUCAAGAUUAUAAAAUUAAAAUUACUGCCAAAACUUUUGUUUUAGAUACUAUACAACUAGUCUCUUCUAAUAAAUCAUUUAUGGAUUCUAUUAAAUUAUCCCUAAUUACUUUAUCUAAACCUAAUAUUUUAAGAUGGAUAGUAGCUAUUGGACACGUUGAAUUACACUUUUUAAAAAUUGUAUUUAAGAUAUUGUCAAAUUAUCCAAAUCAAGGAAUAAGACUUUCUUCAUUUUCACUGCUAAAAUGUUAUUUGGAUAUGAUUAUGUUGCCAGAAUAUAACCUCACUCAAUAUGGACACGCAUUGCAUAAUGGACUAAAAAAAUACAAUCCCAAUGACCUAUCGACCACAAAAAUAAACAACUUUUCAAUUGGUAUAUAUAAAUCAUACCUACGUUCACUAUCUAAGGGAUUAAACCCCAAAAAUUGGACCUUAUCCCGAUUAUCUCGCAAUUGUGUUGUUGAACUUUUGGUGAUGAUUCACAGCGAUAAACUGUACAUUGUCGCAUUUAGGCAACUUAGGAAGAUAGGUAAAGAUACGAUUGAUGCCUGGAAAAAAUCAAAACUGGAUAGCAUAUGCAAUUGGGCAUUUGUAGAAUCUCUUACCAUUUGGGCUACAGUCAUUGGCCGCACAACACCUAAACUAGAUCAUCUCGUAUAUCCUCUGGUGACGAUUUCCACAGCUUCACUAAAAUUAGGUCAAAACAACGAAAGAUUUGCACCAUUUAUUUUGUGCAUAUCGAAGGAGUUGAACCACUUAUCUCGGGAUAUAGACAAGUUUAUACCCAUAGCAUCUCACCUACUUACACUACUGGAUAAAUUGUCUAAAUCAAAGGAGUAUUCUAAAGUUAAAAUGCCAACCAUCGGAAUAAAAAAUAAUGAAAAUAAUAAUAACAACAAAUUGCUAGGUGAAUCGCACUCGGCAUAUGAAGACACUGAUGCCGAACAUGAAUAUAUUAGUGAUGAAGAUUGUGGUAUACAUGUUGAUAAUCAUGCUGCUGAUAAAAGAAAACCCAUGCCAGAACUUGCAAUAUUCAAAUUAUCACUAUCCCAAAAUAAUAAAGACUACAAUGAUAUAAUGUAUCAUGUCGAAGAUCUGUCCAGAAUUAUUAUAACUCAACAUAUAUCACUACUAGCACACCAUCCCUCAUUCCCUGAAAUAAUUUUGCCUAUUGUUAAACACCUGAAGAAGCAUAAGAACAGUAAACCUUGGAUAAGGAAAUUGCUAGGUUUGAUCGAUGAAUCGGCGGACAGGAUUAGGAGCUUGAGGAAAGAGAUCAAGUUUGACAAGGUGAAUCUAGACAAAUUGAUCUUCUUCAAAACAUCUAAAAUACCGAUUAUAACACACAGCUUCCGUGAAAUGGAACUGUUGGAGAAGGGGAUUGCUAGUGUACUAGUUGCCAACUCUAAUAAGCAAUAA